UUAGAGGUCAGCACCAGUCCUGCUAAUAGCAACUAUUGCAGCACGCGGUCAUUCAGAUAAACUACACCUCCACGACACAGAUUCUGCUUCCUCUCAUACAAUCACUACUGAAUUGGUGAGUGCAGAUCAGCCAUGCAGGCUCAGGAAGUCCUGAGACAGCUGCGCAUUCCCGAGCUGGAAGACCUCCGGCAGUACAUGCGUGGCUUGCCUACCAACGCGCUCAUGGGCAUGGGUGCUUUCGCCGCCAUCACCACCUACUGGUUCGCCACCCGGCCGAAAGCCCUCAAACCGCCCUGUGAUCUGGAGCUGCAGUCAGUGGAAAUUCCAGGUGCAGAGCAUGCAAGGAGAUCCGUUCUGAACGAGAGCAGCGAACACAUGACGCACUUUUACGACGAUGCACGCACAAUGUACGAGGUGUUUCAGCGAGGGCUCGGAAUAUCGCGUGACGGACCUUGUCUCGGAUCGAGAAAACCAAACCAGCCGUACGAGUGGCUGACAUAUAAAGAGGUAGCAGACAGAGCAGAGCACAUCGGUUCUGCUCUCCUUCACAGAGGACACUCUCAUACAGGAGACAAGUACAUUGGCAUUUUUUCCCAGAACAGGCCUGAGUGGACCAUUUCAGAGCUGGCCUGUCACACGUACUCCAUGGUAGUCGUCCCACUGUACGACACACUCGGCACAGAGGCCAUCGCCUACGUUAUCGACAAAGCUGCCAUCUCCACCGUGAUCUGCGAUGUGCCUGAAAAGGCUCAGAUGAUUCUGGACAGUGGGAAAGGGCAAACGGUGAAGACGAUUGUGCUCAUGGAGUCGUUUGACAGCGAGCUGGUGGCCCGUGGACAAGAGUGUGGCAUUGAGAUUCUGAGUUUGAAACACUUUGAGGCCUUGGGUAAAGCCAACCACCAGAAUCCAGUGCCCCCUACACCAGAGGACCUCGCACUUAUCUGCUUUACAUCUGGAACCACAGGAAAUCCAAAAGGUGCAAUGCUCACUCACGGAAAUGUGAUCGCCAACACUGCAGCUUUCCUUAGAGUAACACAGGUACACUGCAUGCUGGAUCUCCAUGACAUUCACGUAUCCUAUCUCCCCCUAGCUCACAUGUUUGAGAGGGUUGUGCAGGGCGUCGUCCUCAUCCACGGAGCUCGAAUCGGCUACUUCCAAGGAGACAUUCGACUUUUGAUGGACGACUUGAAAACGCUGCAGCCGACGGUCUUCCCCGUCGUCCCACGUCUCCUCAACCGCAUGUUUGAUAAGGUUUUCUGUCAGGCCAACACGCCGCUGAAGAGAUGGCUGCUGGACUUUGCCUUCAGGAGGAAGGAGGCAGAAAUGAAAAAUGGUGUGGUCAGAACGGACAGCAUGUGGGACAAACUCAUCUUCAAAAAAGUUCAGGCGAGUCUGGGCGGACGUGUGAGACUCAUGAUCACAGGAGCUGCACCGGUGUCACCAACGAUCCUGACGUUCCUGCGAGCUGCUCUGGGCUGUCAGUUUUAUGAAGGCUACGGUCAAACUGAAUGCACAGCAGGCUGCACCAUGUCGAUGCCUGGAGACUGGACAGCAGGUCACGUCGGGCCUCCUCUGCCCUGCAACGCUGUCAAACUGGUGGAUGUGGCAGAAAUGAAUUACCUGGCAGUCAAUGGAGAGGGAGAGGUUUGCGUCAAAGGACCAAAUGUAUUCAAUGGAUACCUGAAGGACCCUGAGAAAACAGCUGAGGCUAUCGACGAGGACGGAUGGCUGCACACAGGGGACGUUGGGAAAUGGCUUCCUAACGGCUGUCUUAAGAUCAUCGACAGAAAGAAGCACAUUUUCAAGCUGGCACAAGGAGAAUACAUCGCCCCCGAGAAAAUAGAGACUGUCUACAACCGCAGUGAUCCAGUGGCUCAGAUAUUUGUUCAUGGUGACAGUUUACAGGCGUGCCUGGUGGGGAUAGUUGUGGCUGAUCCAGACUUUUUACCAAUUUGGGCCAAGAAAAAAGGGAUUGAAGGAUCUUACACUGAACUGUGCAGUAAAAAGGAGGUGAAGGAAGCCAUUCUGGAGGACAUCCUGAGGUUGGGAAAAGAAGCAGGACUCAAGUCGUUUGAACAGGUGAGAGAUAUUGCUCUACACCCCGAGAUGUUUUCAGUCCAGAACGGUCUCCUGACUCCUACCCUGAAGGCCAAGAGGAAUGAGCUGCGGAGCCACUUCAGGGAGCAGAUUGAUCAACUUUAUGCCAAAAUUAAGUUGUAAACUGGAAUCUGGGACUAAUGUAAGGAGGUGAGAAUCACUUAGAGCAAAGCCAGAACCAAACCAGUCUAGUGAAGGGGCCUUUACUCGAUUUUUCUACCUGUGACACUCCUUACAGUUUUGUGGGGACAAAACAAACCAACUGAAACUUCAAUUAGUGAUUGUACGUUAUUUUUCCCCUGCUAUUACUGGCUAUUAGUUCAGAUUAUCCCAGAACAUCUUGUUAUUGACUUAAUUUAUACAAUUCAAUUACAUUCUAUUUGUACAGUGCCAAAUCACAUCAUACUAUAUUUCAAGGCACUUUACAGGAAUAAGGGUUAAAAAAAAAAUGGGAAAAAUGUGACGUGCUCAUGCCUUAACCAACAAUAACUCUUCUUCAUGGUUAGAAAGGUUUAACCUCUGCAAACAUGUUGAUCAGAUAAAAACCCACAAAUGUGCUUUUAAAAACAUGUAUGCUGUGUCUCAAAUCACAUACUUUCAUUCAUGCAGCCCAGGAAUGACGGCACCAUCUGCGUCCAUGACGUGCCCCUUUUUCGUAUGUCAUUUUCACAAAUUUGAAAAUGGUGGUGCCCUCUUUCCGCUGUGUUGCCAAAAUGGCAAGAAUUUGACUCUUGACGGUUUUUUUUGCACCAUGUUGGUACAUCUGCUGCCUUAAAAUAUAACGUAUGAGCUAGUGGUUCCUGUGUGGUGACACAGGAAUUUGUGUAUGCGAUUUGUUUCAGGUCAUUAGAAUAGGGCUGCUAGGCGACAUAUGAAUAAUGUUACCGUCAGUGUCUGGAAGCCAGAGAGGCUUGGCAACUUAGCCAGUUAGCAAGCAGGUAACGCAAGGACGGAAUGAAAAGAUGAGGCUGAUGAAAGAAUAUCUGCGCUUUUCUCAGACAUGAUAGAAAAUUCUGUUACUGUUAAAAUUGCAAUAUAUCCAUUUACCAUUGAUUUAAAAAGUGUUGCAUCUCGUGAGCUUGGAGCUUUCAGAAAGUUCUGAGGUUGUGAAUUCCAGAGGGGUGUGUUCACAUGAACUCUUUUUGUAAAGACGAGCCCAGUUGAAGGCUGCGUUAUAGUGCACUCCAUACUUGAAUUGAGACACAGCACAACAACAUUAACUAUUUAUAAACCAGACUAUUUAAUGUUAUGGUUAUCUGCUUAAGCUGAUAACCUGUAAAUAUCGUAUCUGCUGAAAAUGUGUACGCAGUGUCGUGCCUGAUACUCGGAUUGUUAAUUCCCUGCAUUCCCAUGUUUCUCAGUGCUGGAGGCUAAAGGGCUGAUAAACCGGUUCUUGUGCACAAUGUAGUGAACAGCCGACUGGGAAUCAUGUUGCUAGAGAGAUGUUUUUUUGCUCUUUGGAGUUGUUUGUGUUUUCUUUUGAAGACAGCAUAGAAAAUAUUGAAGGUUACAUUAUUGUACAUGCAGCCUCCUCUUUGAGAUUUCAGUGCCACUAGCUGCGAGGUAAAACAAAAGUGCAUUCAUACAAAGGUAUUCAAGGGGAAAUAUGUGGUAACAUUAUCACAUUUCAUAUUAAAAGCCCAGUGUUUUUAAUUCAAGGCCUUUAUCAACAUUUCGCAAACACUUUCAAUGGAAUGUGUAUUUCAGUGGUUAAACUUUGUGUUUUUCUGAAUUGUGAUCAUAACACACAUCUAAUCGUGUUGGUGACAAACAGAUCAAGCCAUAUUAUUAUUUUUUUCAAAGACGUAUGAUCUGAAAAGGACAAUAGUACAUUGUGCUGGAGGAAAAAAGUGCAGUAUCUAUAUUUGUCAACUGUACCAAAUAAAAACUUUCUUCCAAA